CUUUAUCAAGCAGCAGUACUUUUCUACUCAACAUGAUGGCCACUAAUUACGAUUCAAAAUAUGUCCUUGUCACUGGUGGCGCUGGCUAUAUUGGAUCUCACACCGUUGUAGAAUUGCUGGAACAAGGUCAAAAUGUCGUGGUGGUCGACAAUCUGUAUAACGCAUCUUAUGAAGCUAUCCGUCGCAUCGAACAGAUCACUGGAAAGAAAGUUCAUUUUUUCAAGUGUGAUAUCCUGAAUUUGGAUGGCCUAAGGAAGAUAUUCAACAAAUUUGAUGUUUGGUCUGUCAUUCAUUUCGCAGGUCUGAAGGCUGUUGGUGAAUCCACCCAAAUACCACUUGCCUACUAUCGCAAUAGUAUUACUGGUACCCUCAAUCUCUUACAAGCUAUGAACGAAACAAACGUGAAGAAUUUUGUUUUUUCCUCAUCAGCAACGGUAUAUGGUAACCCACCUGUGAUUCCAAUUCCUGAGACGUCUCCAAUUGGUUCUACUAAUCCAUACGGUCGCACCAAAACAUUCAUUGAGCAAAUUUUGAUGGAUUUAUGCGCUGCCGAUCCCCAAUUCAACGCUGCAUUGUUGCGGUAUUUCAACCCUGCUGGUGCACAUCCGUCUGGUCUUAUGGGUGAGAGCCCUAACGGUGUACCAAAUAAUUUGAUGCCGUUCUUGAGUCAAGUCGCCAUCGGCAAGCGAGAUAAGCUUCGGGUGUUUGGGGAUGAUUAUCCUACCAAGGAUGGAACCGCCAUACGAGACUACAUCCAUGUUGUUGAUGUUUCUUCUGGUCACUUGGCUGCACUUGAAAAGCUGAAGACAAAUCCUGGCUGCGUUGUAUAUAAUCUGGGUUCUGGUGAAGGUUCGACCGUUUUGGAAAUGAUUCAAGCCAUGAACAGAGCUGUUGGGCGAAAAUUACCUUAUGAACUCUGCCCGCGUCGCCCUGGUGAUGUAACCAACCUUACCGCAGAUCCUAGUAAAGCCAACACAGAACUAAAUUGGAAAGCAGAAAAAACCCUCGAUGAAAUGUGCGUCAGCCUUUGGAAUUGGCAGACAAAGAACCCCAAUGGAUUUGAGGGCUUUGACGUCAAUCCACCUGCAGAAUGUUUGGUCGAUAAUAUUUAGAUGCGGUCAUCUAAUUCAACCAGUAAUAAAAUUAGAGAUUGUAUGCAACCUAAGUAAUUAAAUGUGAGAGCGAAGAGUAAAAAAAACGUUACGGAAGGGUUGCUGAGCACUAGAGCAAAUUUGAUUGUAACCUCUGCCAGUCACGCCUCGUCUUUAAGAACAUAAAGUUGCAAAUACGCUGCCGUGCUGAGAUCUGCACAGCGCUGGUUAGUCACUGUUGCAAUUCAACAAUAAGACUAGGGUGUCGAGUUAUCUUCAAUCCCAUUCGGCAAAUCUCGUAUUUUGG